GAAGGAGAGAGAGGGAGAGGGGGGAAUAACAACAUUAUUACGGCUUUCACCGCAUCUCGGCUUCACGUCUCCGCGGGCCGAGAUCCACAUCCCCGCCGGAACGACCGGACGCCGCCGACACCUGCCCCCGCCAGGGUCCACGCACGCUCGGCGUCGGAAAGAGCAAAUCGACGGUGGCAGACAUGGGCAAGGAGAUGAUACUUUUCUUGAAGAUGUCCGUCCAACAAAGCAUGUGGCUUGUGACAACGACGAGGCCCAGCAGAAAAUCCUGGGACUGAAGCACGCGUCCCUUCACACCGAUGGCCUGGACUGAGUUUCAGCUGGCCUGCUGAAGCCAUGGGGAGCUGUUGGAGCUGUCUGUACAGGGACCCCAUCCGAGACAAUCAUCUCACCAAGUUUAAGGUCAUCAAUGUGGACGAUGAAGGCAACGAGCUGGGCUCUGGUAUCAUGGAGCUCACCCAGACCGAGCUCAUUCUUCACACACGCAAAAGGGAUGCCAUCAGGUGGCCAUACCUCUGCCUGCGCCGCUACGGCUACGACUCCAACCUGUUUUCUUUUGAGAGCGGGCGCCGCUGUCAGACCGGACAGGGAAUAUUUGCCUUCAAGUGCUCUCGGGCUGAGGAGAUCUUCAACCUGCUCCAGGAGCUGAUGCAAUGCAACAGCAUCAACGUGGUGGAGGAGUCCAUGAUGAUGUCUCGCAGCGGCCACACGCCAGAGAUGGAGAUGUCUCGCACACCACAGACGCCCAACACUCCAGCAUUUCCCGUGCCGGCUUUUCCCAACGGAUACCCUGGUUAUCCAAUCAGAGGGGAUUCCUCCCAGCCUUCCCUUGCUGAGGAUCAUGGACACAAUCUGAUGGCUUUGGAAGACCAGACCCACACCUAUGUGAAUACUGUUAGCAUGGAGGGGGAUCUCGCCAUGCGUCACUGUGUGCACUCUCUACCUGAGGUGCGGCCCAGCACUUUCACUGAAACAACACGAGUCGGAAACCAAGGGAAUACGCAGUCAAACCUGCGGUGCUGUCCCCUUGAGGAGCAUCAAGACCCCCAGGUGUUCCUACAGCCAUCGUCGCAAGAGGUCAAGUUCAUGCUGGGCCCCACUCCAGCACAGCGUCAUCUCCUGCAAAGGGAGCGGGAGCGUGAGCGGGAGCGGCUCAGUCACGGCCCCCACAGCCUUCAGCCAGUAGAGGGCGCAACAGGCUCAGAGACGGACGGAGACGAGGCCUCGGUGCACAUGUGCAACUCCCACUCCUAUCACCAUUUCCAUCACCACCCACACCGGCACCCGUGCCACGAGCACCCAGACAGCUGCCCAGGCGCCGAGCUCACCUAUGAGAACAUCAACGGCCUGAGGAGCGGCCGGAAGCAGCGGCUGAGUCCAAGCAGCGUGUCCCAGUCUGUGGGCUCCAGCAGCAGCAGCAGCACCGGGGACAGUCACACCCAUUCCCUCCUGCACCCGCACGGCCCGUCUUCGCUUCCCCCACAGGGCUACGGCUGCGAGAGGCCCAUAGGUGGAGGUCACCGUCGGACGGCCCUGCUCAACUACGAGAACCUGCCCUCGCUUCCCCCCGUGUGGGAGUACAGCGCCCUGCAGCGCAACGACGAGCAGGAAGAAGACGACGAUGAUGCGGACGAGGAGGAAUACGAAGAAGAGGAGGAAGACUUUGAUGAGUACGAGUUCUCGGAAGGCCCCGAGACGACGAACGGGUACGACCCGGAUGGGCGGGGCAUCCACAGAGAUGCCCUACAGAACUACGUCAACACAGAGCAGGUGCAGCCGCCCAGGUUGCGACACAGCUGCCCACCACAUCCACGACCGUGUCAGCCCGACAGAGGGGGGCGCAUAUUUAGCUUUGAUUUCCGCAGACGCUCGAGGUCAGGGGUCGGAGUCUGCGAGCAUGAGCACAUGCCUCCGUCACGGCAGCUCAACUACAUCCAGGUGGACCUAGAGGGAGAACCUCCCUGCCAAGCUCUAGGCGGUGGGGGUGGACAGCCACACCAGCGUCUACCCCCCCAAAAGUGUGGCCCCCAGGCACCCCGGCGCAGUGAAUGCUAUGCAGUCAUCGACCUGAAGAAGACGGCGGCCAUGUCCAACCUGCAAAAAGCUCUGCCCAGGGAUGAUGGCACUUCCAGAAAGACUCGCCACAACAGCACAGACCUGCCUCUGUAAACUACAUUGACCAUGAGGAGCAGACAUGACGACAGAUGAAAGGCUCAUCCCCAUUUUAGCACACUGGACCCUUCACUGUCAUCUGUCCAUUUCGAAUGCGGAGCCGACUAAGACAGUACAGGUACCAGGUUAGAAACCUACUGUAUCUGUGUAUAUGAAAGGGAUCCUCUUAAGGGGAAUCUUGCCAUUUUUAUGCUGUUAUUUAUUAGCUGUGUUGUGAUGUUCUUUCCAGAAUUUCACUUUCAAGUGCAAAUACUGUUUGCUGGUUGUAUAACGAGUAAGCAUAAUGACAUAAUGCUGAGCAAUGAGAACGGAGGCAUCUGUGUGGAAGCAGCCAUUUCUGUUGUGUAACAUAAUUAUGAUCCCCAAACCAUUUCCCCUUUUAUUGUUGUGUUCAUGUACUUCCCCAGCAAGCACCAUCCACAUGACAGCUACUCAACUCCUCGUGAGUCCAGACAUAUACUGAGGUGUAGCCUACCAUAUAUUUUUAAGACGUUUGUGGCUGUCAGCCGUACCUCGUGGCCAGUGGAAACAGGUUAUUUAUUCAUAUAUGCCAGUAGAGAAGUUUGCACACAAUCCUAUGGAAUUGUAUUUUUUGGUUUUUAGGGUUUUCAUAAUAGCAAACAAACAACAAAAGAACCAACUGAGGUUGUUUUGGGAGGAUUCAACUAAGCUGAAGGAACAAGUAGCACAAGUGAAUCCGGUGAGCCUUGUCCCUCUCCCAAGUAGCAUAUCAUCCUCCAUCACACCUCCACCCACAGUUGAAUGAUAAUGCACUUUUAAAUCCAGACAAGCGAGGAGGCUGUUUAUUUCAACAUCCAUGCCGCCUGAGCCACAGGUUCCUCCUUUCUGAGAAAAAACAAAAGACAAAACAAGGGGCCACAUAUUUCAUAGCCAGCAUUUGUAGUUUUUCAAAUGUUUGAAUGACAACAUCGUCGAUAAACUUAGAGAGUGGCAUUAAUCUUACUAGCCUCACCUAAAAUGUGUUGAUUCUACACGCUGCCCAUCAUCAGGUAUGAAUGGUCUCCUUAAAAUACAGUUCUUUUGUCUCUCUAAUCACUGUUAUGCGCAGUUUAAUAAUAUAUUUAUUUAUUUCAUUAUUUAUUAGUUCACUCGUUUAAUUGUCUUACUGUUAUUUUCCAUGUGACAACCGGCAUUGGUUUUCUUCAAUCCAGUUAAUCUGGAGACCAAAGUUUUACUUACGACUGGUCCAUGUAUGAUUCUGUUAAUGAAAAAAAGAGUUUAUUUUAAGUGCCAAAAAUGUAAAAAAUAAUAAUAAUAAAAUGUAAUGAAAUCAAAGGUGCCAAUUGCAGAAAACAAGUAGGGCUCUAGCAAUGACAAGAAAAGUACAGGGAAGCAAACUUGAAAGAGAACUUAAUUUUUUCAAGAAUGAGUAGAAACGUAAAAAAAAAAUAACAUUUCACCUCAUCCAUCCAUCAACCGCCAUAUUGGAGUGAUGUAUGGAAAAUGUUUGCUGCUACAUGUACAUACAGAUUACAUACACAGUUGCCCAUGUUAGUGAGUGUCCUCGUCUCUAUGACAACCUGCUGUGUGUGUGUGCGAUGUCAGAUCUUUGGCCAUAUAUUGUUAGGUACGCUAAGUAGCAUUGUCAUGUUCUUAUGUCUCAACUGUGGAAAUGUAACAGAUUAGCAAAGUCCCCCCCCCCCCCCCCCCCCCCCUUUUGGCCUAAGUUUAUUUAUUUCAGAUGAUUUUGCCGAUAGCUGAUUAGAGGCAAGACUCACUGAUGCACAACUUUGAAUCUUACAGAGGACUCAUGCCAUUGGGCUUUACCUUCAUAAGCCUUCAAAUACUUUUUUUAUUUAUUUUUUUGGGACAAAUCUAAAUGUUCCCUUUUUUUAAAUGAGGGUCUUGUGGCUUCCUUGUUGGUUUUGGAUCAAUCAAAAGCAGCACACAGUGGAACCUCAAAAGUCAAACACAAUCUCUUCUGUGACCAGAACAGUUACAGUGGAUAUAAAAAGUCUACACACUGUACAAAUGCCAGGUUUUUGUGGUAUAGAAAAAUGAGACAAAGAUAAAUCGUUUCAAAGUUUGCCUACCAUGAAUAUGACCUAUAACCUGUAAAAUUCUACAGUUGUUUUUUUGUGUGUUCAGAAUUAACCAAUCACAUUCAAACUCAUGUCAAAUGGGAGUUAGCACACGUUGCCUCUGGUUAACGCCACACAAAGUUCAGUUGUUCUAGUAGGCCUUUCCUAACAUUAUUAUUAUUUUUUUUUAAAUUCCUAGCAGAAGUUCCAGCUAAAGAAAAAAAGCCCCAAAGCAAGAUGCUGCCACCACCAUGAUUCACUGCAGGUAUGGUGUUAUUUUAGUGAUGAGCAGUGGUGUGUUGCACCAAACAUACCUUUUCGAAUUAUGGCCAAAAAGUUCCACUUUGGUUUCAUUGGGCAUAACACAUUUUCCCACAUGGGUUAAGACGAUUUCCUGUGUGUUUCCGCAAAUAUAGCCGGACUUGAAUGGUUAUCUUUAUAAGAUGAGGCUGAUGCUGUCGAAGCUCUCUGCGUAGGCAAAAUGUCAGGAAAAGCAUACUAGAAGAUCUAAACUUUGAGAUGAAUUAGAGGCACUCUAAAUGGUGGCAAUUGUGUGCUGUCUCCCAUUUAAAAGGAGUUUGAAUGUGACUAGAUAAUUUUUAACACAGCCACAUCCCCAGUUAAAAGAGGGUGUACACACUUGUGCAAACGUCAUCACACUAUCAGAUAAAAUCUUUCGAUGCUCACUGAGUUGAUAUUUACUUAGUGAGACAUCUUUCAUGUCACAUGAUGAUGUUUGACUUAUAGAGGCGCAUUUUUCUGCCGAAAAGUUGUAAGUUUACCACCUUUAGGGCAUUUGACUUUGGACGGUCCACUGUAUUUUAUAUUUUGUAUGCGAGCCACACAUCAUGUCAUCCAGACAGCUUUUAUUUAAUUAUUUUUUUACAUUUUAACGUGUAAUUAUUUUGGUUAGGCCCAUUUAAAAGCUCAAAUGAAAAAAGAAGCUGUCACUACAAAUUCUACUUAAUUCUCAUGAGAACUUGGUCGUUUCAGAUACAUACUGUACAUUCCCAACAUAUAAGCCUUAAAAAUCCUAAAUCAGAAGUUACAAUUAACUUCUGACUUGUUUGUUUUAUAAAGCCAACUCGUCUCAAUUGGGACUGCUUAACAUGAUCCAUUGGAAAGAUGUUUACAUUUGCAUUAAGUGAGUUCUUAUUUUGUCAAAGUAGACCAAUAUGUGAAAGGUGAACUAGUAGUCUAUAGAGCUGUGAGCUCCGUGUCAUCUACCUACUUGCUUUUUGUGUGAAUCUGUAGUCUUCACAUUUCAGCCUUCAUGUUAUGAUUUUUUUUCAUGAUUGUAUACUGUCCUGUUGUGCUUAAAUUGUCAUUUAAAUUUACAGUGCCAUACAACUAGGUCAGGGUUUUCCAGAUUUAUGGUCAGCAGUCAGUUUUUAGUCUGGUGCCUUGAGAUAUGAGUUUAAUUUGUCUGUGACCACGCUUGUAACUCAAAACACUUCUUGGAAAUCAUCUUUGCCCACUGAAAAGAAUGGAAUACCAUGAAUCAAGUCUAGCCUGCCCAAAAACAGUUUUUUAAUAAUAAAAGUAGCAAUCUUCAAUAUUGUACAUGAUAAAAAAAACAUACGGCGAUGACAUAGUUGAAUUCAAUGUCAAGAAACUUUUUGCCACAUUUUUGCUUCAAUUCAGUGGACAUUACAGUGCUCCUUCUGGUAUGCACGUUUUGGCCAUCUGGGGGCAGUACAAUACAGAUGUACGGAUAUACAGUAUAUGGAGCAGUCGACACUCCUCAGUAGAUCCCAGUAAUAUUAGAAUUAGAAUCUUUCACUUCAGAGAGGAAAAACAAUAUAUGCCUGUGAGUGUUGUUAUAUUAUCUUUCUGCUUGUGCUGCUCUACGGUUUGUGUUCAAAUUUUUGUUGCUUAAAGAGUUAUAACACGCCAACGUUAUUUGUUAGCCCAUCAAUGGCAUUUUGGAUUGUUAGUAUUAAGCUCAACUGACUCAUCUAAAGCAAAACUAAGUGGCUGUUUUCAAUACACACGUAAUUCUUUGUUUUGUAUUUAGUUUGACAGUAAACUUAAACUGGGAGUUGCAAUAAACAACAUAAAUCCUUUUUUGAAGACCUGUUAACUAUUUGCUAACCGAUGCUUGUUGUCAAGUGAUUUGAGUUCACUGCCACCAUACAGUGCUCAAAUGUAAAAUUUUUCAAUCAAGGCAAAAAACCUUUCUCAAAAGGCUUGUAUAUCUAAAAAGUCAUAAGUCGAGUCACUUGUAUCUCAAGGCACCGCUGUAUAUGACAACGAUAUGACAAUACAUAAUGUAUAUUGGCUCCUGAACAGGAAGGUCAUUUGUAAUUUGGGUCCUGAGCGGAAAAUGUUUGGGGAAACCCUGCACUAAGUCACCAUUGCUUGAAUUCAUCUUUGGCCUUGAAGAGUGACGUGAGAGUCAUGAUGUAGUUGCAGUUCUCAUAAUGUUAUCUAUGACUACAGUGUGUUCAUAACGUAGCAACCUCACCACCACAGAAAUAGAUAAUAAUCCAGUGACUACGUGAAUUAAUAAUUGAAGCGCGCACACGCGAGCUCAACAAGUGGCUCUCUCGAUGACAGCUGAUGCCGUCAAAGCGUGUGGCUUCACAGUCACACUCUCAGUCUUGGGUGUUUAUGCCUCAGGCAUUCGACACCCGGGGGCCCCGCGGUCACAAUGGCUUCUGCCCGUGUUAUCUGAAGGGCAAGAUAACAACUCAUCGUGAAGUUCCUCAAACUGAAUUUAUCAAGCGGGUUGUUAAACAAAAAGGGCUUGCUCUGUGUUUACCGAUUAAACAUGAAAUUGUACUAACUAGACAUCCAUUUGUCACUGUGCCUUUCAUAUGGAUGCUGGAGGAAACGUAUCCACUGCUGUUAAAGGGGUCAGCCAGUUGCCAAAAAGGGAAGAAAAUAAAGUGUAAAGGUAACUGUUUGACAUUUGGAGAUUUAUUAAUUUCAUUCCCUCCUCAUGCCUGUAUUGUUGAUUUUGAAAGCAGAUUCAUUGAGUGGCUUGGAGACUCACUGUAAAAUCUCAUCUUAUCCUCGCCAGGUUAUCUUGUCUUUGUGUAAACAAGAAAAGAUAAAUAUCCAUCCAUCCAUCCAUUUACUACCACUUAUCCGAGGCCGGGUCGCGCGGGCAGUAGCUUUAUCAGGGUCGCCCAGACUUCUCUCUCCCCAGCCACUUCAUCCAGCUCUUCCGAAGGGAUCCCGAGACGUAGUCUCUCCAGUGUGUCCUGGGUUGUCCCCGGGUUCUCCUUCUGGUGGGACGUGUCCUGAACACCUCACCAGGGAGGCGUCCGGGAGGCAUCCGAAUCAGAUGCCCCAGCCACCUCAUCUGGCUCCUCUCAAUGUGGAGGAGCAGCGGCUCUAUUCUGAGCUCCCGGAUGACCGAGCUUCUCACCCCGUCUCAAGGGAGAGCCCGGACACCCUGCGGAGGAAACUCAUUUUGGCCGCUUGUAUUCGGGAUCUUGUUCUUUCAGUCACGACUCACAGCUCGUGACCAUACAUGAGGGUAAGAACGUAGGUUGAGCGGUAAAUUGAGAGCUUUGCUUUUUGGCUUAGCUCCUUCUUUACCACAACAGACCGAUACAAAGUCCACAUCACUGCAGACGCUGCACCGAUCCGGCUGUCGAUCUCCCCUCCCCGUUCUUCCCUCACUCGUGAACAAGACCCCAAGAUACUUGAACUCCUCCACUUGGGGCAGGAUCUCAUCCCCGACCUGGAGAGGGCACGCCACCCUUUUCCGACUCAGGACCAUGGUCUCAGAUUUGGAGGUGCUGAUUUUCAUCCCAGCCGCUUCACACUGCUGCAAACCACUCCAGUGAGAGUUUGAGAUCGCGGCUUGAUGAAGCCAACAGAACCACAUAAUGUGCAAAAAGCAGAGAUGCAAUACUGAGGCCACCAAACCGUACCCCCUCUACACCUCGGCUGCGUCUAGAAAUUCUGUCCAUAAAAGUUAUGAACAGAAUCGGUGACAAAGGGCAGCCUUGGUGGCGUCCAACCGUAGUCCGACUUACUGCCGGCAAUGGGGACCAAACUCUGACACCGGUCGUACAUGGACCGACCAGCCCGUAUCAAGGAGUUCGGUACCCCAUACUCCCGAAGCACCCGCUAGAAGACUCCCCGAGGGACACGGUCGAACGCCUUCUCCAAGUCUACAAAACAUGUAGACUGGUUGGGCGAACUCCCAUGCACCCUCGAGGACCCUGCCGAGAGUGAAGAGCUGGUCCACGGUUCCACGGCCAGAACGAAAACCACACUGCUCCUCCUGAAUCUGAGAUUCGACUUCCCGACGGACCCUCCUCUCCAGCACCCCUGAAUAGACCUUACCAGGGAGGCGGAGGAGUGUGAUCCCCCUGUAGUUGGAACACACCCUCCGGAACCCCUUCUUAAAAAGGUGGACCACCACCCCAGUUUGCCAAUCCAGAGGCACUGCCCCCGAAAAUAUGCUUGGUUUAUUGGACAGCAGUUUGCCAACAACUAGCAUAAACUCCUGGAAGUCAUCGUCUCCCAACACACAAUGUAUCACAAGUCUAUUUUUUCUACUUUAUUUUUUGUGGCACUUCUAAAAUGUUAAUCUGUGUGUUGAUUUUAGAACAAUAUAUUUAGUACUAAUAUUUGGCAAAGACAGUAUUUGACUUGAAUGCUUCGCAAAGCAAACUGUGAGCUGAACGGACUUAAUCAUGUAAAUGUAAUAACUUUUUUAUUUAUUAUUUUUUUAAAUGAAUGUCAACUGUACUUUUCAUUAGUGUUUCCCAACCAUUAUUCAGCCAAGGCAUGUAAUUUACAAAGGAAAAGUGUCACAAAAGAGUGGAUACAGAGGUUAGUUAUCUACCUUCUGGCACCAAGCGGAAAAGCAUUUAAUUGUUUAAUCAGCGUUCUCCCUGUUAUAUGUUGCUGGAAUAAAUAGUUAUAGAAAAGAUUCAUUAUUUGUUGUAAAAAAAAAAAAUUUGUCUGACCAAUGAAGCGAAAUUUCCCACAGCACCCCUGAUGAUCUCCUAGGGCGCACUAAACUGCCUUACAUUGCAGACUAAAGCGGACAAAACAAUUAGAAUACUGUAGCAUUUAAUGAGUUGCGUCCUAAGGUCAUUGUGCCAACCUGAUUCCUCAUCAGCUAAACUUGUGAAGAAUGUGACAUGCCGUUUGUUUUGAAGCACUUUUCCAACAUUAAACCAGUAGAAAUGUGAAGUCGGCAUACAAGAGAAGCAGACAUAAAGGCAUAGCAACACUGUUGCGCCAUACAGCGACACGGCAUCUUCAUCAGGGCAAUUUAAUCAUUUAGACAAUUUUUUGGGGUCAUACUCUCUAAACACAAGAGCCUCAAGGUCAUGCCCAUGCUACAAAAUUAAUAUCAGAUCAUACACUAUAUAUAGGUACUCUGUAUGUGUUCUUUUUUUCGUUUUUAUACACGAGUAUCAUCGCCACCAGGGGGUGAUGUUCUGUACAUGCAUGGGUCUGACCUGAACAUCCGGGUGACACGUUUGUGUGUGCAAGUGGGUACAUGAAGGCUGCAUUGGCCUGCCUUUGGAUCACCUUCUCCAUUGAAAGACUGCCAAAUAUGCUUGAGCAUGUGAAAUGUGGGAACUGGGAGAAGGGCUCAUGAACACUGACAGAGGAAAUCAUUGCGAUGCGCAAGGGAAAGGGUUCUUUAUGUUUUGUCUCAGUUUGCAAUUGAAAAAUGAAAAGGAAAAUGUUUCUUCAAGUGUUUGUUGAAUGUGUCUGUGUGCAUCCAUGGAUGACAGUCUGAUCUAGUCAUUAGAAGCCCCUUUGCUUCAUUUGUUGGACUGUCAAAAUGGACAUCGGGGCGAUUUUUGCCCUCUCUAAUCAUUCCACACGCAGAUGACUUUUACUUAUCUGCUCUCCUCUCAAUUGAUCAUCUCCUAAGAACAUAGUGAGCCUGAUACCUGGGAACCUUUAUGAUUUUUAGAGUGUGGAUUUGUCCCAAGAUGUACAAGUCAAUGUAAUACCAAUAUUAAAAUGAUGCCAUGAAAAUCUUGUGCAUUAAUCAGUGUCCACUUUGCUCUCCAUACCUUUUCUGUGAAUCUCUUAACGUUCUAAUACUAGGGUCAAACAUACACUUACUUUCGUUCUGAAAAGCAACCAAACCAGUUUCAGACAUUUUGUCUGUAAGUUAAUGUUUGUAUAAUCACACCAGAUCACAGUUGAACAUGAAACGCUUCGCUUGCUUUGGUCUAUUUAUUGUUUUCAGAGGAAACAUCAGGGACAGCUGACCAAAAAGGCUUGUUUCAACAUGCCCAUGUGGAUAAUCUUCCACUCUUUUGUCCAGCAGCUGAGAAAAGUUUUUGUGGCCAAAAUGGGGAAAUAAUGGUGGCUUUGUGAAAGGAACACUAAUUUAAAGCAAAAUAACCAGUAACAACCAAUGGAGUUAAUGUCCAAGCUGCUGUAAUCACCACAUUUUGCAUCAACAAAUUACAACAGUUUUAAACAGAGUAUCUUCUAAAGCAUACGCUUAGUGUCUGCCUAUGUGCAGUGCAAACUACUUUAAUUACCUUAUGUACAGACAGAGCAUAGUCCUCAUGGGCUCUAGGGAUUUAUAUGCCUGGAAUAAUGGAGCUGUCUUGUCUUCUUCUUAUACAUGCCUUGAUUUAUGGUCCCUAGAAUGGGUGUACUCAAACAGGGGUCUCUUGCAUAAAGCAAUGCC